UAGAUUUUUCGCAGAGAUGGACAAAUAUUCUCCUGUAUUUUAUGCUUUAACUUGGAAUACUAGGAGUGUCACAAAUUUUUAUUUACCUUUGAAUAUUGUUAAACAGUUUCCUCCUAAUACAUUAUUACAUGUAGCAGCUAAAGGUUUAAAACGAUGUAAUGUAGAAGCAAUAUUAAAAAAAGCUUAUAAUCUUGGAAUAAGAAAUAUUUUUGCUCUUUUAGGAGAUUCGAUACUUGAAAAAGAUGGUGAUUUUCCACAUGCCAUUGAUUUAGUUAAAUUUAUUAGAUCACAUUAUGGUAAAGAAUUUAGUAUUUGUGUUGCGGGUUAUCCUAAUAUGCAUCCGUUAUCACCAAGCAAAGAUCUUGAUCUCUUUUAUUUAAAAGCAAAAGUUGACGCAGGUGCAGAUUUUAUUAUAACGCAAAUAUUUUUCGAAUCCAAUACUUUUAUAAGCUUUGUCAAUGACUGUAGAAAUAUUGGAAUAACAGUUCCAAUUAUUCCUGGAAUCUUUCCUAUAUUGGAGUACAAAUCUUUAAAAAGAAUGACUAAUAUCUGUCAAUUAAAUAUACCAAAUAAUAUAUUAAAUCAUUUAGAAACAAUAAAGGAUAAUGACGAAGAAGUUAAAGAUUUUGGAAUUGAAUUAACAAUCAAUUUAAUUAAGGAUAUCAUUGAAUGUCAAGCUUCUUAUGGUUUUCAUUUCUUUACAUUA